GGAAGAAUCGUAGGGCAAACCACCCCUUGGAGAGCUGGCGAUGCUGGGAGGGAGCUGCGGGGACCCCCCCCCCCCCCGGAAAAGCCGCGAGGUGACCUAGGACUCAGGACCCAGGAGCAUGACGCUUGAGGGGCAGGAGGCAGCUGGCCCACCACGAGCGACCCCGUUGCCCACAGUCAAUGGCAGUGGGCCAAGCCAGGAGCUGGAAGGCCAUUGGCCAGAAAUCCCGGAUCAGUCCCCUUGUGUGGCUGGUAUCAUCCCUGUCAUCUACUACAGCGCCCUGCUGGGCCUGGGGCUGCCUGUCAACCUCCUGACCACAGUGGCCUUGGCCCGGCUGGCCACCAGGACCAGGAAGCCCUCCUACUAUUACCUUCUGGCACUCACGGCCUCAGAUAUCGUCACCCAGGUGGUCAUCGUGUUCAUGGGUUUCCUCCUGCAGGGGGCGGUGCUGGCCCGGCAGGUGCCCCAGGCUGUGGUGCGCUCCGCUAACAUCCUGGAAUUCGCCGCCAGUCAUGCCUCAGUCUGGAUUGCUGUCCUGCUCACCGUGGACCGCUACAGCGCCCUGUGCCACCCCCUGCAGCACCGGGCCACCUCGUCCCCAGGCCGGACCCGCCGGUCCAUCGCCACUGUCCUCAGUGUCUCUGUGCUGACCGGCAUCCCCUUCUACUGGUGGCUGGACGUGUGGAGGGACGCGGACCCCCCCAGCAUGCUGGAUGAGGUCCUCAAGUGGGCUCACUGCCUCACGGUCUAUUUUAUCCCUUGUGGCGUCUUUCUGAUCACCAACUCGGCCAUCAUCUGUCGGCUACGGAGGCGGAGCCCGAGUGGGCAGCAGCCCCGGGUGGGCAAGAGCACAGCCAUCCUCCUGGGCGUCACCACACUCUUCGCCCUCCUUUGGGCUCCCCGGAUCUUCGUCAUGCUCUACCACCUGUAUGUGGCCCCCGUCCACCGGGACUGGAGGGUCCACCUGGCCUUGGACGUGGCCAACAUGGCGGCCAUGCUCAACACCGCGGUCAACUUUGGCCUCUACUGCUUUGUCAGCAAGACUUUCCGGGCCACCGUCCGAGAGGUGUUCCAUGACGCCCACCUGCCCUGCACGCUGGGGUCACGGCCAGAAGGCCUGAUGGUGGGCCCUGCCUUAAGGCCCCCAGGACUUCCCAAAGGGGCAGGACCAUAGAGGCAGGGCCCAGCAGGGUCAGAGCUACUGCUGCCCUGUGGUGUCCUCGCAAAACUUUAUCAACACCCUACUUUGCCACCUAAGGGCGGGGCAGGGAAGGCUCCUUCCUGUAGGGGUGGCUCCCCAGGUGCAGGGGUGUCCAAUUGAUCCAACUCUCAGAUUAGCUGCACCAACAAUUUCCACUUCCUGGCACAAGGAGAGGGCUCUUCCAGGCAUAGGCUAACAGUGUCAGCUGCUCUGGACGUUCCUUCAUGAGGGACAUUUCACCUGGCGUGUUACGAAGGCCAGAUCAACGGGGGCUGGAUGAAUGAAUGACAGGCAAGAUGGACAGGUGGAUGGAUGGACGGACAGGCGGAUGGAUGGAUGGAUGGACGGGCAGAUGGAUGGAUGGAUGGAUGGGUGGGUGGCUGGAUGAACGGACGGGUGGAUGGAUGGAUGGAUAGACGGGCAGAUGGAUGGAUGGAUGGAUGGGUGGGUGGCUGGAUGAACGGACGGGCGGAUGGAUGGAUGGAUGGACGGGCAGAUGGAUGGAUGGAUGGAUGGGUGGGUGGCUGGAUGAACGGACGGGCGGAUGGAUGGAUGGACAGGCAGGUAGGUGGAUGGAUGGACAGGUGGAUGGAUGGAUGGAUGGAUGGAUGGAUGGAUGGAUGGAUGGACAGGCAGGUGGAUGGAUGGAUGGAUGGUUGGGCGGGCAGAUGGACAAGAAUCAUUUCCAGCCCCCACCCCACCCCAGCCCUCCAGAGCCUACCUCUCACUUCUCUGGCUUCCAGUGGUAAGGCCAGGAUGGAAGGAAACCAUGGGUAGGAUCUCCUGUAUAUUGGAGGCUGGGAGAACCUAAUGCUUUUGCUGAGUAAGGGGAGGAUGGCUGCUUGGGAAUAGGGGUGAUCUGAAAGCAGAUUUGAUGUCCCAGCUCUGGGGUGACACCACCCCUUGAGUCUCAGUCAUCCUGCCUCCAUUCCACUUAACUCCCUGCCCCGGAGCCAGAACAGGUUCAGGGCCCCAGAAGGGCCCUCGGGUUUUCAUUGUUGCUGCCCGAUGAGACAGGAAGUGCUUCUCAGCCCGGAGGACGAGGGAUGGGAAGGGCACACCCAACCUGCUCCACUUGGACGAGGGCCUCUUGCUCCACCCGGGGGUAGGAAGGCCCAGCAGAUCAGGUGCCUCAGGCCCCUCCCAGCCUCUCCUGGGCCCCUCUCUUCUCUCUGCCAUGGUGCCAGUCGGGAGAGGCAGCUGGGAGAGAUUAGCAGAUGGACCUCCCACCUGCUCUGGGCUUUGGGUAAACACAUUAGCGGCUGCUUUCUGCUUCCCAGUCAGUCCAGCGGAGCUGACCUUUCCCCCUCAAUGGGCGGUCCUUGCUGGGGCCCACCAGCACCCAACCCCUUAGUGGCAUGGCCCAGCAGAAAGAACCAGAAAUGCACGGGGCACACCGUCAGUGCAAAAUAAAUAUUCGGCUUUCCCCUUCUCCCCAGAACAGAGGCACCAGGAGGGGACUUUCAGCCGUACCCAAAAAGGGAAAAAGCAGGCCCUCCGUCCUUUAUCCACAGUUCUUAAGAGCUCUGAAAACCAAAAUAUUUGUCCCAAGUUUGCCACGGUCACAUUUAGUGGUCAAACCUGACCUGACCUGAGGCAGGACGAGGGAGCAUGGACACAGUGGUUCCCUGCAGACUGCCUGCGGUUGGGCGGCUGGAACCGAGACCUCGUGCAUGGGACAGGCCACACGUGACCCUUCUCUGUUCUGAAGAGCUCUGAAUUCUGGGACACAUCAGGUCUCGAGCUCAGAGAGAGGAAGGGGGACCCCCAGCACCACCACUGCUGGCAGCGCAGGGUCCAGGCUGACCCUGAGUUCGUUCUGGGCACGGAGGGUCCCCCAAGGAGGCGGGCAUGCAAGGCCAGGGAGCUCGGGGAAGAGCAGGCUCUAGAGGCUGGAGCGAUGCUUCCCGGUCCGCCUACAGAGGGAGGCACGGGAAAGAAAGGCGCCUUUCUGAUGCAGAACCCAGUGGAACACCGUGGAGGGGCAACCUUACCCCCCUUAGAAGAAACCUCUGAGAGCCCUCCAGGACCAAAAAAGAGCAUUGUCAUGGAAGGCUGGACUGCAGCCAGGGCGAGACCAGUGACCGGACCCUCUCAAUGGGCCAGUGGGCCAAUGGAAUAAGACCCAUGCAUGCAGCGGCUUCUGAUCACGGACGAAACCAGAUGCUUCCAGAAGCGGGUGUGGAGGCUCUGUGGGGACACGGAGGGUUUGGCACAGGUGGGGGCAUGAAGCCACCAGAACCAGGGUGUUAACGUGAAUGGGACCUCACACGGACCCACAGGCUGAGGCGACACCAGUUUUUCCAAACAACCCUGGGUCCCGAGUAUAGUCACCGUUUUUCCGACGGAGGAAAUGGGAGCCCAGAGAACUGACACGCUGAGCAAGAGGCCCUCCGCUGGUGGAGAGCAGGGUGGCUGGUUCCCCGUCUUCCCAGCACCUUGCAGGUGCACUGGGUGGGGGUGGGAGGGGCAGCAGACUGGGGGAUGGGAGUCUUCAGCAGUGCUUUGCGCCGCUUACAACUUUUUGGUCCCCGACUUACCAGAUUUGAAAAGCACGAUCAUAGUUUCCUGAUAAGAUGGUUUGAGCAACAUUCCUUUUAAAUGUCUUUGUAACCUUUAACAAAACGCAGAGCUCUUCCCCUGGAUAUCCGGAUCACGGACAUGCGGGGCAUCAUUAAAGCUGCUCUAGCCGCUG